AUGGAUGGAAUUUUCGCUUACAUCAUUGUCAUUUUGCUUACCUUAUUUUCAUUCAUCUUCUUACCAAAACUAUACAUAAGAAAACCUCAGAACCAAACAAGCGCAAAGCUCCCCCCAGGUUCAAUGGGAUGGCCGUACAUAGGAGAAACCCUCCAACUCUACUCCCAAGACCCAAAUGUCUACUUUUCCGCCAAACACAAAAGGUUUGGUGAAAUAUUUAAGACCAACAUCCUGGGUUGUCCCUGUGUGAUGCUGAUCAGCCCUGAGGCUGCACGCUUUGUGCUGGUGACUCAAGCUCACUUGUUCAAACCAACAUACCCGAAAAGCAAAGAGCGUUUGAUUGGUCCUUUUGCAUUGUUUUUCCACCAGGGAGACUACCACACGCGUCUGAGGAAGCUUGUGCAGAGGUCACUUUCUUUUGAAGCACUUCGCAACUUGGUGCCUCAUAUUGAAGCCUUGGUGUUAUCUGGCAUGAACUCUUGGGGUGAUGGCCAAGUCAUUAACAUGUUUAAGGAAAUGAAAAGGAUUUCUUUUGAAGUUGGAAUCCUCACAACUUUUGGCCAUCUAGAGCCACGUUUGAGGGAAGAGCUAAAGAAGAAUUACCGGAUUGUGGACGCUGGUUACAAUUCCUUCCCUACGUGCAUUCCAGGAACCCAAUACAAAAAAGCACUGUUGGCUAGAAAGAGACUUGGCAAGAUUAUAAGUGAUAUAAUCUGUGAGAGGAAGGAGAAGAAAUUGGUUGAAAGGGAUCUGUUGAGUUGUCUGUUGAAUUGGAAAGGUGAAGGAGGACAAGAGUUAUCUGAUGACCAAAUUGCAGAUAACAUUAUUGGGGUGCUUUUUGCUGCUCAGGACACCACAGCUAGUGCCAUGACAUGGGUUGUAAAGUACCUGCAUGAUGAACCGAAACUUCUGGAGUCAGUAAAGGUGGAGCAGAAGGCAAUUCACAAUUCUAAUGAAGGUAACCUACCACUGAGUUGGGAUCAGACCAGAAACAUGAGAAUUACUCACAAGGUUGUGCUAGAGAGUUUGAGAAUGGCAAGCAUUAUAUCAUUCCCUUUCAGAGAAGCAAUAGCUGAUGUGGAGUACAAGGGAUUCUUAAUACCAAAAGGAUGGAAAGCGAUGCCUCUAUUCAGAAAUAUUCACCACAAUCCUGAAUUUUUCCCAGAGCCUCAGAAAUUCAACCCUUCAAGGUUUGAGGUGGCACCAAAGCCCAACACUUUCAUGCCAUUUGGUAGUGGAGUACAUGCAUGCCCUGGCAAUGAGCUUGCUAAGCUGGAGACACUGAUUAUGAUCCAUCAUUUGGUCACCAAAUUUAGGUGGGAAGUGGUAGGAUCCAAGUGUGGAAUUCAGUAUGGUCCAUUCCCCUUGCCACUGAAUGGACUCCCAGCUAGGACCACUCUCCCAAAUAACGGGGUGGACCUCAACCUGGCCUUGUCAUUGAACAUUGAUUCCCAUUGGUCAUAUAGCUUGUUUCCUUUGAGCCAGGCUUUGGUGUUCUGA